CGUAAAUAGUUCAUAAACUAAGUCAAGAUAUGAUAUAGGAUUAUCAGCGAUAAAAGAGUAUAUAAAGUGUCUAAAUUUUACCCAGAGUAUUUUAGUUAGAAAAGUGAAUUGUGAGCGACAAACACAAAAUGUGGGUUCGACUAAUUAUAACUCUGGUAUUGGUGCAAUAUCUGAAUGGCGAGUGCGAUGUUUGCCAGGUAGGCAGGGCAGCCUGUCAUAGUGAGAAUACUUAUUCAAUUUGCGUCAAUGGUAAGGCAUCGAACAAGGUGAUCACCUGUCCGACCAAUUACGUUUGCACGGGUGAAAAAUAUAUAUGUUACCCGGAAAGUCACUAUGAUCCCAUCUGUAAGCCUGUUGUAGAUCUCGAUGCAUAUUGCACAGCUACCGGCAAGCCAGAUAACUAUGUAAACAAGGAUGAUCCCACCUGUAAAACUUUUAUUUAUUGUUUUAAAAAUGGUGCAACUGGUCUACUACAAGGCGAAAUUUAUGAAUGUUCUACAAAAAAACCCUACUUUAAUGGAACAGGCUGCGACAGCGUAAAGCCAGAUUUCUGUACCUAAUCUGAAACAUCUUGCUUAUGUAAAAAAUAAAG